AUGUGUGGCCUUGACGCUAGAAGCGACGAAUUGUUCGUCGAAAUCCACGGUAUAAACCUAGUAUCAUUUAGACAAUUAGGUAUACCAAAUUCGUCUAUACCUAAGCGUACUGGGGGUUUUCGUACUCUCUUAAUUUGCGGAAAUAAUUCCGUCUCUGUUUGCGACUUCUCGCUUUCCGUCACACUGGGGCUUGAGGGCUGCGGAACUGGCGACAACGCCACCGGCGGCGCAGUCAGGCCCUCAGGCUCAACUGGACUUUUUUCGGGUAUUAUGAGUGUGCUAGUUCUACGUGGCUUAGGUGGUACACUUACACCGACCGUAGGAAGUGAUGGAGAUAGCCUCCAAAGCCGCACAGAAGAAGGCCAAUUUCCCGACGCCAGUGCACUUAGACAGUCGUCCCUGUUAGAGCAAUGUCCACUUAAAGGACCACCAAAAUGUCCACCUGCUUCUAAAAGAUAUCGAACCCAUGACGGUACUUGCAACAACUUCAACCGUCCACGAUGGGGAGCCACCAUGACACCUGUUCAACGUUUUCUCCAACCAGUCUACUCAGAUGGUAUCCAAGCCCCAAGAAAAUCUGUUUUCGGGGCUACCUUACCAUCAGCGAGGGAAGUUAGUGCCCUCAUCCAUGAAGACAAGAAUGCAGAGAACCCUGGUAUCACGCAUCUCUUAAUGCAAUGGGGACAAUUAGUUGAUCACGAUAUCACAUCUUCAUCACAAUCGAGGGGUUUCAACGGUUCCGUGCCGAGAUGCUGUAAGGAUGGUGGGAAAGAUUUUAUCCCUAGAGAAUUUAUGCACCCUGAAUGUAUGCCAAUAGCAGUACCGCCAUCUGACCCAUUCUAUGGCCCCAGAGGAGUCAGGUGUUUGGACUUCGUACGAUCGUCUCCAGCUCCUCGUGACGACUGCGCCUUGGGUUGGCGCGAGCAGUUCAACCAAGUAUCUGCUUAUAUUGAUGGAUCUCCUCUAUAUGCAAGUUCUGCGAGGCAAUCGGAUAAACUCAGACUGUUCAGAAAUGGUAUGCUCCAGUAUGGCAGAGUCCAGCAACGUCGUCCCCUCUUACCACCGGAUAGAGACGAGCUGUGCCGAGGUGGUGCAGUAUCCACGGACUGCUUCAAGUCUGGGGACGCUAGAGUGAAUGAACACCCAGGUCUUGUUGCUGCUCAUAUAAUAUGGCUGAGACAGCAUAAUAGAAUGGCUCAAGAGCUCACGCAUUUAAAUCCGCACUGGAGCGACGAGAAGAUCUACCAAGAGACUCGUAAGAUUGUCGGCGCAAUGAUACAACACAUUACUUACAGGGAAUUCCUGCCUAUUGUUUUAGGCACUGAAGUAAUGCGUCUCUUUGACCUGGAUCUCGUACAGAAAGGCUAUUACCGCGGCUACAACCCGAAGACCAAUGCCAGUCCCGCCAGCUCUUUCGGUUCAGCCGCCUUCCGCUUCGGACACAGUCUUGUACAACCCUCUUUGGUGCGCUUUGACAGAUUUCACCGGCCAAUAACUAACAAUGUCAGCCUCCACGACGAACUAACAAAUCCGUCCAAUAUCUGGAGCAUGGGUGCUGUUGACAGGCUUCUCUUAGGCAUGGUGAAUCAACCCAUACAAAAGCGAGAUGAAUUCAUCACCGAAGAACUUACAAAUCACCUAUUUCAAACGCCACAUUUUGCCUUUGGUAUGGAUUUAGCAGCUAUUAAUAUACAACGAGGAAGAGACCAUGGAGUUCCGCCGUACACAGCUUGGAGGGAACCUUGCGGACUAACAGUGAUAAGUGGUUUCGAAGACCUGAUGAGAGUUAUGCCAGCAAGGGUUGUAAGAAAAUUGAAGGUUUUGUAUAGACACGUGGAUGAUAUUGAUUUGUUCACGGGAGGUAUGGCAGAGCGCCCGGUUGUGGGUGGACUUGUGGGACCGACAUUCGCUUGUGUCAUCGCUCAGCAAUUCUCUAAUUUACGAAAGGGCGACAGAUUUUGGUAUGAAAACGGAGGAUUUGAGUCUUCAUUUACCCCAGCGCAGUUGCAACAAAUCCGAAGGAUAUCGUUAGCUCAAGUGCUGUGUCGCACCUUAGACUCUAUAGACAAUGUCCAACCAUUCGUCUUCCUAUCACCAGAAAAUACCGAUAAUGAACGCAUAUCGUGUCGCAACGGAUUACUUAAUAACUUCGAUCUAUCUCCUUGGAUUGAAAUUAACUCAGAAUCUAAUAAUGAUAUUAAGAGAAUUGAUGAAAAUGUACCCACACACUCUACAACAAAACCUAAGAGAUCCAAAACUACGACUGUGAGACCGUUAACUACUAGAAAAGCAAUGAAAAAUCAAUCAGCCGGCGAUAAAGCCUCUAACUCAAAUAAAUCACAAAAGCAAAAGAAUAAACUUAACGCGACUGACUCUACUGACUUGACUGACUCUAACGAUAGCAUAAAUAAAAAUACUACUGACCUUUUUAACUUUCAUAUACCAGUGACUAUCGAUGACAAACUUGAUUUUAAAAAUAAGACAAGACGUUUUAGUAACUUAGAUACUCCAUAUAACCCAACUCGACAAUAUAAUGACUAUUACGAUGACGUUCAAAGUGUACAAUCUGUGGUAAUCAAUAACGUACCUAACAAAAGACCGAGCCGACCAUACAUAUCUGUGACAGAAAACAUUGACAAAUACACAUAUCUAAUUAACUAUGUACCACGACCAACUCAAUCCUGGCGAAAGACAACAAAACGAAAUUAUGACAGAGACGUAGUCAAGGUAACUUACCAGGGUUAUGAUGACACUUACAGACGACCUAACAGACCAUACUACAGCAAUAGGGACGAGGAUUACUUUGAAUCACGAGAUAACAAACCUGUAACUGAAAAUUCUCAAUCUUCAGCCCGGUCUAAUGAAGAUCCUCCUGCUUCAGAUCUAAACUCGUCCACUGAGGGAUCUUUAAUGACUGACCGACCGACACUUGAGACAGACAACUCUACUGACAAUGAAAAAUUAGACGCAACUACAGAAAAUAUUUAUAAACUACUAACUUUUAGCUAUGUCGGUACUUACAAAGGCAGUACAAAUACUAGUAAUAAUAACGACAACAAAAAAGACUUAAAAAAAGAAGAAAUUAGUAAAGAUUUUUCCACUGUUGAAGAAAAAUCUGACAAUAUCACGGAUGAGCUAAACAAUGGAAAACUCUCCACAUUCCUUAUAUAUGAUACUGCAACGAAACCUUACACUUUACACAGACCGACAAGACGAAAUGACGAACAGACAGAAACAAAAGACAAAUAUUAUUUUAUACAUAACGUUUUACGAAAAUAUCCUGAAGGUACUAACCACGACAAUACUAAUAAAAAGGAUACACACCAAAAUGAUAAUCUCAAAAAGAUAAAUGAUCUAAGAACUAAUGAAACUAACAUACCCAAUGAUUACAUUGGCAUUGAAGAAAGAUCUGGGAACAGCAAAAUAUCUUCAGAAUCUAAUACAGUAAACAGGCAAAGGUUAAAAGUGAAGCCAUCGCCUGCAAAAACUCCUUCAGUUGCUUUUCAAAUAAUACCGAGUGAGAACAACCCCUCUCAGUGGGCAGUAUACGAAGAAAAAGAAGAUAUGGGUAUAGAGCUCCCAAAGAUGCCCGCAAUCAAGGCCGACCCCUACGCCCUAAGAGAGAUCCCCAGACCUUUCGAAUUUUCAAUGCGACGAAGACCUGGAAGAGCU